AUUGAAGAUAAUCAGGAGAAAGAAGAAUUCUGAGAAGACAAAUCAUAUCAGAAGUGUAGAAAAACCCAAACAGAAAUUUAAAGAAAAAAAGGGCCAAUAAAUCUUUCACCAGCGCUCAGUGUGGAAAGAGUUUCACACACAAAAAUCAUCUUGAGCUUCACAUGAGAAUUUAUACUGGAGAGAAACCAUUCACUUGUGAUCAGUGCGGGAAAACAUUUUUGAGCACUUUAGUCCUGAAGAAACACCUGAGAGUUCAUACAAAAGAGAAACCACAUUCAUGUAAUUCAGAACAUUUAAAAGUGCAUCAGAAAAUGCAUACUGGUCUGACAGAGUACAUGUGCUUUGACUGUGGGAAGACUUUUAGUUCGGCGAGUGGUUUAAAACUGCAUGAGAGGAUUCACACUGGAGAAAAACCUUACAAGUGUUCACACUGUGACAGGAGAUUCAUUCAGUCAGGAUCCCUGAAAAGACAUGAGAAGAUCCACACUGGAGAGAAACCGUAUGCAUGUGAUCAGUGCGGCAAAAUGUUUUCGAGAGAUUCAGUCCUGAAACAGCACCUGGUAGUUCAUACAAAGGAGAAGCCACAUUCAUGUCAUUUGUGUGGAAAUAGGUUUUCACAUCGACAAAGUUUGAAAGAACAUGAGAAAAUACAUACUGGUGUGAGAGAGUACAUGUGCUUUGAGUGUGAAAAGACUUUUAUUACAGCAAAGUGUUUAAAACAGCAUCAGAGGAUUCACACUGGAGAAAAACCUUACAAGUGUUCACACUGUGACAAGAGAUUCAGACUGUUAGCACACCUGAAAUUACAUGAGAUGAUCCACACUGGAGAAAAACCACACACAUGUGAUCAGUGCGGGAAGAGUUUCACACUAAAAGCAAACCUUACAGACCAUAUGUGGGUUCAUACUGGAAAGAAACCGUUUACUUGUGAUCAGUGCGGAAAGAGUUUCUCAUGCUCAUCAACCCUUAAGCAUCACAUGGACAUUCACACUGGAGAGAAACUUUAUGAAUGUGAUCAGUGUGACAAAAUAUUUUUGAGAGCUUCAUACCUGAAGCAGCACCUGACAGUUCAUACAAAGGAGAAGCCACAUUCAUGUCAUUUGUGUGGGAAGAGUUUUUCACGUCCAGAACAUUUAAAAGUGCAUCAGAAAGUUCAUACUGGUGUGAGAGAGUACAUGUGCUUUGAGUGUGAAAAGACUUUUACUACAGCGAGCAGUUUAAAACUGCACCAGAGGAUCCACACUGGAGAAAAACCUUACAAGUGUUCACACUGUGACAGGAGAUUUUGUGAUUCAGGACAGCUGAAAACACAUGAGAGAAUUCACACUGGAGAAAAACCUUACAAGUGUUCACACUGUGACAAGAGAUUCAGUCAGUCAGGAAAUCUGAAAACACAUGAGAUGAUUCACACUGGAGAGAAACCGCACACGUGUGAUCAGUGCAAGAAAAAUUUUGCAAGAAAAUGGUGCCUUACGGACCAUAUGAAGGUUCAUACUGGAUAGAAACCAUUCACCUGUGAUCAGUGCGGAAAGAGUUUUGCACACUCAUCGACCUUUAAGCAUCACAU